ACAAUUUUAAAGAAGACUGAUUUUGCUUAGUUAGCUUUCAACGAAAAUUCAAAAGGAAAACAAAAACAACUUGAUUUGUGGCGCGCACACAAUCUAAAGCACACAAACACGGCGACCGAAUUAUGCAAAAUAUUCUCAAAAUACUUUGUUGUGAGCGUCUCAUCCACAGCAUUGGCAGCAGCGUGAUGGAACAAAAAAUGCUUACGCUCUUCACAAUUUUGAUUGCGAACGCCUGUAUUGCGGGCACCAUACCGGCCACUCCCGAGAAUAUAACCGUUACUUUCCUCACACCCACAACCGUACGCGUAUCCUGGCAAACGAUGAUCGAUUUGAAUGCGCAUCCGAUUGAGAAGUACAUUGUGACAUAUAAACCGACGGAUGACAGGGUUGUCCAGGAUGUCGCCGGUAAUAGCGAGGCAAUCAUUUUAGAUCGUCUAUCGCCCAGCACGCAGUACUCCAUAGCAGUGACGGCUAUUUGGCUUGGAAAGAAAUAUCGCAGCAGACAGAUAAUAUUUCGCACACUGGAUAUGCCAAAGACAUCAUCGCAGCAGGACUACGCGCCUGGCACGCUAGGUGGCCAAAAUAGUAUUGGUAGUAUGAAUGCUGUAAAUGGUAAUGGCACUUAUGGGGAAGAUGUAACAUCAACGGCGACGAAUACGCUAUCACAAAGGCCGCGAGAAUUGCCAACGAUACGCGCCGUCGAGAUUGGCAUUGUUCUCCUCGUAUUGAUGGUAUGGGCUGGUGCCAUUGCGCUCUUCUUCAACCGUUGGGGCAAAAUACGCAUGCUGCUUCCCUACCAACCGGACUACAAGCAUGAGCAGCUGAAGGUGCCUGGCACGGGUGUGUGCACAGGUGCCGGCUGCAAUGGCCAACAUUCGCAUCAGCAACCAGCGCACGGUGAUGGCGUUGCAUCAUCGGAAGGCUACGUCAAGGUCGGCAGCAUCGACAGCCCCACUGCCGCAUUGGCAACCCCUUUGCAUAGCUGUGGUGCCAUCAGUUGUUUGCAUUUGGAGAAUGAAGUUGGUGGUGGUUGCGAUGGCGAUGGCGGCGUCGCUGUUGGCCUACGCGAUAGCAAUAGCGACAGCGAGGAGGAAGCCGCCAAUGAUGUGGACGAUCAGAUUGCUGUCGAUGAUGGCGAUGUUGACGUAGAUAGUCGAUUGCAAUGCAAUCAUCGCUCUUUGCACGAGCAGCAGCGUCAGCAACAACAACAACAACAACUGUUCACACAGUCAAAAUCGAAGGUUGGUGGCGCUAGCGGUGGUGGCGAACACAAGCAGAGGCAGAAGCGUUUCACACAGCAGCGCAGCAUUUUGAAGAAUUCAACAGAACGUUCGAGCAACCAGGAAGAGCAGGAUCUGCUUGAGGCUAAAAAGCAGUUGAUAUUGCGGCGACGGCGACUCUUCAGCCACUACCGCCAGUACGAGCAGUGGCGUCGGCGUCAAUUCAGUUACGAUCCAUGCUACUAUCGUGCCAUACCGCUGCCGAUCGGUCAAGCGACCUACAGCAAUUAUUCCGGUGGCUACAGCAGUCAGGGUCAAAGCGCGUUCCGACGCCGCCGCCAGUACAGGCGGCAGUACUCGUGUGCCGAGCGUGAGGAUUCGCGCGAGAGUCGUGAGUCGUCGUCGCUGCACCGUUACAAGGGCGAGAGCAUGAUAGCCAGUGAUUCGUUUAACACUGGUAGUUAUGAUCAACAACAAGAGCAAUAUCGACUAGAACGGCAGCAACAGCAACAACAACAACAACAGCAGCAGCAACAGAAAAAGCAACAAUAUCAGCAUGAACAAGCAGUGUUGCAACAACAAAUGAUAGAAUAUUACUCCCCAAUGGGACGGCGUAGUGUAAGUGCCAUUUUAAAGCUCUUCCUAAAGCACAACGAAAGCACCCAGACACCUGACACUCAUACGACGGUUUGCGAAGGAAUUGCAACAUUUGCUUUUGUCGUCAGUCUACGCGUCAUGUUCUUCUUUGUUUUCGUUCCAUGUAAAUCGUCUGUCAGAACACGUCCACACAAUGUCCGCUCAUACAUUGAAAUGUUCUUGUGUCUCUGUUUUCAGCAUUUUCACAUGAUGCACGAGGAGCGGUCUGCGUCCAUUUCCGAAAGGUGCACACGUAGUCGCAUUAAUUCAGCCAUCUUUGUGUCGUCCGAGGGUAGAGGAUUUGAUUCCAUUGAAUUCCUGCGUCGGCACGGCUCGCAGAGUGUGUUGUGCCGGAAAGCGCGCAGCGCAGAAAAUAUUACCGACAAUGAACGCAAAAAGAGCUUCUCGGAUAAUAAGCCAUCAUGGUGCACCGAUGAAAAUAAUGACAGCGAUCCGAACGCGCCGAAUAGAAGACAAGACGAUUGCAACGGUAGCGCCAUUGAGCUGCGGGAAUGCCGUCGCAGCUCCAACAAUUUCAGUGGUGCCUGUAGUGCCGAAUGACAUACACUAUCCGUGCUCACUACCAACACCAACUGCGAUCACCCGUCGACCUCAGCGGCGGCAGCGGCUUCAAUGUCCGCAACGAACGUAGUAGUGGGCAGCAUCUCAUUAGAAACUCCACCUUCGCAUAUCAAAGAUGAGCUGCACAAUGACACCAUCAGCGUCAAAGUAAACAAAACAAAUGCGGCCAUCGUCGCGCUACCCAACGGGGAGAGGCGACAGCGUCCAAAUACAUUUGCAGGCAUGCCAACGAAAAGUUCUGUCUCGCGAGACUCCACCGAUACCGUUGAGGAGCUAGUGCUCGUACCAACUAUCGCUGCCACGGCAAUGUUGCCGGAAAUUGUCAGCACUAGUCGCCAGCGUACGCUGGUGCGCCAACGCUCCUCAACCGCGUCCGUUUCACCACACCCAAGCCCGAAAUCGCUCCCGGUAAAAAAUGCACGACCAAAGAUCACGGCUCUGCCAAUGGUAUCGGUGUCGGGACCAUCGCCACCACACGAAAAGCCGUUACCACAACCGACAACGGAGUGUUUGUAACAAAUGGCAGCCGAAACAUUUAUUUAAGUAAGUAAAGUGAAAGCAGCAAUGGCAUGAAAGGUAGGAGAGAAAUGUUAAUAAGAGGACUGAAGCAGGCGGCGGUUGGUAGACGAUUAGUUUGAUAAGAUUUGAGGGCGAAGCGGAACUUAUAUGUAUGUAUUGCAUAUGAAAUAUGCGCGCCUGUCUGUAAUGGAAAACAAACAAAUUUCUGUCCUAUAUUCUUCCUAACUUCAAGCUCACGAUUUUAACUCACAACUUGCAAAUGUUUCGGCUAUAAUUGGCACAACCUCGGGGUAAUCUCAACUAAUGGGAUAUGCCUUCAAUGAAAUCUAUACAAAACAAAAUCUCAAAAUUGACUGAACUACUCGUAAAUACUGAUAAACCGUUAAAAAAUAUUAGAAAAACUAACAAUUAUUACGUCUGUUAUUACUAAAACUGUAAAGUCUUAUUAAAGGGUUGUCCAAUUAGGGCGGGUCGCUGUUGAGAUGGUAUAAAACAAGCCAUGUGUGUGAAGUACUAACGAAAUUGAAUUCACUUCAUUUAUUCAUGAAUUUAAUUCUUACAAACAGA